CACCGUGACGGCGCGCUCCACGCAAGGAUCUCAGGGUCUCCUGCAAUGCGCCACCACGAGCUACUCGACCAGAUGGCCAGCUACCUCGGUCAUCACGACGACGACGGGUGCGCGACAGCAACAACAGCAGCAGCAGCAGCAGCAGCAACAGCAGCAGCAGCAGCAGCAGCAGCAACAACAACAGCAACAGCAGUCUUCCUCAGACUACCUCGCUGUUGGCAACUCCCCGGCCUCGUCGCCGAGGUAUCUCUCCGCGGCGGCAACCAGUAGUACGAGCACGAGUCCCAGGCCGACCUCGAGUACGGCGGCCACGCUGGUCCUAUCCGGUUGUCCCAGCAACAUGAUGGAACUGCAGGUCGACAUCGCGGACAGCCAGCAGCCGUUGAACCUCUCGAAAAAGUCGCCGUCGCCGUCGCCAUCACCCAGACCGCUGGUUGGGCCCUGCAAGGCUCUCUCCCUCGAGGCGUAGUGUUCUCGCGUGCUCGAGUGAUCUCCCGUGACGCGUGGAAAUCGGAACGUUCGAUCGAUGAUCCACCUGUCCACAAGGCCGGUGCGCGCUCGCGCCGGCGGUAACGCGGUACAACCUUUCCCGACCCCCCCCUCCCCUCGACUAUAGAUACGAAAGUGCCAGGACGCUCAGAGCGCGUGACAAACCAAAUAAUUUAUUAAUUUAAAGCAAACCGCUAAUCGCUCUCGCCCGAGGGAGGAGGAGCAGCAGCAGGAGAAUGGAGACGAACGAACGGACGAGAGGUAUCACUAUCGCCUCUGUACAAUAUUCACGAGGAAGACGGACAGGCGCGACGGAGUGGCGCGGAGUUGCGUUGAGUUGCAAAGUUUCCCGAGUGUGCGAAAGAAAAAUGAGCAACACGGGACAUGGAGAGGGAGAGGGAGAAAGAGAGAGAGAGAGAGAGAGAGAGAGAGAAGGAGAGAAAGAGAGAAAGAGAAGAGAAGAGAGAAUAUCGGACGCUCGCGCGCGACGAGUGCCGUAUUCCGCGGACGCGCAACGCCGUGUUGCCGCGUAGGGGAGCCAGCGAUCCACCUAAAACUACCUACCUACCUACCUGUCUACCUACCUAAAAAAAAAAAAAAUAAAACCUAUCUGCUCUAGGUGUACAUCUAGGAGAUAGAGCAUCCACGACGGAAAAAAAAAAUAAAAAACGAAAGGUUGAGUGUUACAGAAAUUAAUAAUCUAUCUACAUGUGAUAAUCAUGGAAAUCGCGCAUCCUGUACAGUCUCCACCUCAUUCAUCGAUCAUCUGUACUCUAUUAUAAUUAUUGAAUAUUAUAAAACUAAUUAAUAUUAUUGUAAUAUGUGUAAGAGGUAUCAUAAUCGUAACAAAUUAUCAUUUCGUGUAUGUGUGUAGAUGGAGACGCGUGUGACACCUUUGUACGAAUGACGAGAGAGCGAGCGAGCGAGAGAGAGAGAGAGAGAGAGAGAGAGAGAGAGAGAGAGAGAGAGAGAGAGGAAGCGAGAAAGAGACAGAUAGCGCGAGUGGACGAGUGAGCGUGCUUGUGCAAAUGAAUCGGGGCAAAUCGAAAAGCUUCUCGAAUCGCGGUGGCAACCGAGAAACGGAAUCGCGCACGCGAUUUUCAACAUUUAAGCGUUUUGUUAUGAGACUGAUCGGCCCGCCGCGGGCCACCAGUUUGCAAUUACCGUACCUUUAUACUACGUGUCGUGUCUCUCUCUUCGUCGGGGAAACGACUCGCGAAGUAAUUAUAUCCUUUAAUCGCGCCGUAUAUAGCGAGAUAUAGGUAUCGUAGGCCCGCUUAAACGCGUUAUACAAUAUUAUGUGUCGUGUGUGCAUGCAUGAAAGUCGAACGGAUAGCUCGUGAACAGAGUCGCGAAAGAGAAAGCGAGAUGUGAGAAGGAAAGGAGAGGAGGAGAGAAGAAAGAGAAGAGAUAGAGAAAAAGAGAGAGAGAGAGAGGGGAGAAGAUAGAGAAAGAAACCGCGAAGCAUUCGAGCAAAGCGGAGCUCCGAUAGAACGGCAAAGCGCAGUGUAAAUAGUAGAUUCGUAAGACUAUGUCCUGGUAGGCGCGAAUGAACCUCUUCUGCUUCGAAAAAAAUCUCGAGGGAAAGUUAGAAGAUACGCGGCGGGCCGCUGCUGACGUGUUGUUGAGACGCCCGCCCCCGUACGCACUCCAGCCCUAACCACCCCCAAUCACCCCGAUAUCACUCCUCCUCCUCAAUCCUAGCAUGAAUAUCGCAUCGGAAACAAAAACACGCGUACACAUCCGCAACAAACACACACACAUACACACGUUGAGUUGCGAGCGAGUAAACUGUUCUUGAAACAGUCGUAGAAAACUCACUUACGGCCUCCUUCCGACGCGAACUAGAUACUCCUCCCCUCCCCAUCCCCUACAUGUCGGUUCGGCUCGAAAGGAGAAAGUGAGUCACGAUGAAAAUUCGGUCGGAUUAAAAGGGUAUCUAGCCCCGGACCUGGAACACAGAGGUCGUCGAAGAAAGCACAUUCAGUCUCCCGGCUGUGGAGUAUUAGCCCUUUAGCCCGAAGAUAUAUUCCUAAAUACACACAUACACACACACACACACACAUACACACCUCCAAGCUUAGAAGCCUAUCUGUAUUUAUUGUAUCCAAAACGUAUCUCCUUUGCCGUGCCGCGUGUAUCGCGCGUCCACCUGUUUGUCCGAGCGAACCCUCGAGUAGAAUCCUUUCCUGGCUGUCCUUACAAGACAACUGACACAUACAUCAGAUACUCACUCACUCACUCACUCACUCACUCGCGCGCACACAUACACACACACACGCGCGCGCGCGCGCAUACAUACGGCAGUGACACACAUCUUUUGCACACAUAUACACGGUACGAACACUUGUCUUGUCCCUUUCCCCGCAGACAACCUAGCGUUGAUAUUCGUAAUACUUGUUAUGCAUAAACUACACAUAAUGAUUAUUAUAGUAAACGAUACAUAAAAUAUGAUAUAUUUCCCUAUCCAUUAAGAAGGAGAAUACAAACAGCUGUUGUUUCUGGUGGAAAAAAACGAAAUAAUAUGGAUAAAACGUACUCUACUACAUGCAAGAAUACAAAUGCAGCCCCGCAUAUUGCCCAGUGAGCACGUCAUUUU